GAGGAAGCCGCGCGCGCGCUCCUGGUGAGCUGUCAUUAACUAGUUGUAGCUCCAGCGAAAGGGGGGAAACCCUCUGACACAAACUCGGCAGCUUCAACCAGCAGCCCCCGCUGAGCCGAUAACUAACAAACAAAAAGACAAGACAGUGUAAAGAAGAGUUACUAAGCGGGACAGAAGGCUGUAACGACUGCCAUGGCUGAUGUUAUACAUACGGACGAUUCGUCUUCAUCGGACGUCGCCAACCGGUUCGCCCGUAAAGGCGCUCUGAGGCAGAAAAACGUUCACGAAGUUAAGAACCACAAGUUCAUUGCUCGCUUCUUCAAGCAGCCGACCUUCUGCAGUCAUUGCACCGAUUUUAUCUGGGGAUUCGGGAAGCAGGGAUUCCAGUGCCAAGUUUGCUGUUUCGUGGUCCACAAACGGUGCCAUGAGCUUGUCACGUUCUCCUGCCCUGGGGCUGACAAGGGUCCCGACACAGACGACCCAAGAAGCAAGCACAAGUUUAAGAUCCACACAUAUGGAAGCCCAACUUUCUGUGACCACUGUGGGUCGCUCCUGUAUGGCCUCAUCCACCAGGGGAUGAAGUGUGACACGUGCGACAUGAACGUGCACAAGCAGUGCGUGAUGAACGUGCCGAGCCUGUGCGGCACCGACCACACGGAGCGCCGUGGCCGGCUCUUCCUCAAGAUCGAGGUCAGCGGGGACAAGCUGCACGUAACAGUCGGGGAGGGAAAAAAUCUGAUCCCGAUGGACCCCAACGGACUGUCCGACCCCUACGUCAAACUGAAGCUCAUCCCCGACCCAAAGAACGAGACCAAGCAGAAGACCAAGACCAUCCGCUCCUCUCUGAACCCCAUCUGGAACGAGUCCUUCGCCUUCAAGCUGAAGCCCUCGGACAAGGACCGCCGGCUCUCCGUGGAGGUUUGGGACUGGGACCGCACCACCCGCAAUGACUUCAUGGGCUCCCUGUCUUUCGGCGUGUCAGAGCUGAUGAAGUCUCAAGUUUGCGGCUGGUACAAAAUGCUGAACCAGGAAGAGGGAGAGUACUACAACGUACCCAUUCCUGACGAGACUGACGGCAACAUGGAGCUCCUGCAGAAGUUCGAGGACUGCCAAAUUCAUUUCCACUUCCUCCAGGUUGACAGUGUGGGAGCCAUGGAUAAGAAAGCCAGACUGGGCCCAGGCAAGAAGGUGUUCGAGCCUUCGGAAGACAACAGGACCAGGCUGCCAUCCAGCAACCUGGACAGGGUCAAGCUCACGGACUUCAACUUCCUAGCCGUGCUGGGAAAAGGCAGUUUUGGGAAGGUGAUGCUGGCUGAGAUGAAGUCCUCUGAUGAGCUGUAUGCUAUCAAGAUCCUAAAGAAAGACGUUGUGAUCCAGGACGAUGACGUAGAGUGCACUAUGGUGGAGAAGAGGGUGCUGGCCCAGCAGAACAAGCCGCACUUCCUCACACAGCUGCACUCCUGUUUCCAGACCGAGGACCGGCUGUACUUUGUCAUGGAGUACGUGAACGGAGGAGAUCUCAUGUAUCACAUCCAACAAGUGGGAAAGUUCAAGGAGCCACAGGCAGUGUUCUAUGCUGCAGAGAUCGCUGUUGGGCUGUUCUUUCUGCACAGUAAGGGGAUCAUUUACCGGGACCUGAAGUUGGACAACGUCAUGCUGGACUCGGAGGGACACAUUAAGAUUGCAGACUUCGGCAUGUGCAAAGAGAACAUGAUGGAGGGGGUGGCGACCCGCACCUUCUGUGGUACCCCGGAUUACAUCGCCCCUGAGAUUAUCGCGUAUCAGCCCUACAGCCGCUCAGUGGACUGGUGGGCGUACGGAGUCCUGCUCUACGAGAUGCUGGCCGGCCAGCCUCCUUUCGAUGGAGAAGAUGAGGACGAGCUCUUCCAGUCCAUCAUGGAGCACAACGUGUCCUACUCCAAGGCCAUGUCCAAAGAGGCAGUGUCCAUCUGCAAAGGCCUAAUGACCAAGCACCCUUCCAAACGUCUGGGCUGCGGGCUGGAGGGCGAGCGGGACAUCAAGGAGCACGCCUUCUUCCGGCGCAUCGACUGGGAGCGGCUGGAAAACCGUGAGAUCCAGCCGCCCUUUAAGCCCAAAGUGUGCGGCAAGGGGGCGGAAAACUUCGACAAGUUCUUCACCCGCAACCAGCCGAUGCUGACGCCCCCCGAUCACCUCGUCAUCGCCAACAUCGACCAGGCCGAGUUCAACGGCUUCUCCUUCAUCAACGGCCAGUUCGUCCACCCCUCCAGGCAAAGUGUGGUAUGAAGGCGAGCGAUGGGAAGGACAUGGGCGCUGGAACACACGCCAACUGAAUAAACGACCGGCUGUUCUCCCUCCAAGUGAAACGCGACGUGUUUUUGUUUUUGUUUGUUUGUUUUAUUUUUCCAGAGUUUAGCAUUUUCCUGUAAAUGGUAAAACAUCCAAAUGAGGAAAAUCCAAAGUUUGUAUACCCACAUUAUGUAUAGGACAGGUUACAAAAUCUAUAUUGUAGAUUGAGCUUAUGCAGAUAGUCUACCUGAAUUUUGUAUCAUUUCUGGGUGGACAUAUUUCAAAACUAGCCACUGUGAGAACCGCUGGAGAUUACUGGGUUAUGAUUUCAAUGCUUUUCUGUGUACUGAAAACAACAGUAGCCAUGACAACGCAGCACCAAUGAAGAAACGUGUCAUUCCCUGCGUCCGCCCUGCACUGGUGGGUUCCGGGCUCACCUCCCGUCGAGCGGUCGGAAGUGCAGUGUCUGUCUCAGCAUCCGCAGCUCGGCCUCACAUGGAGGCUUCUUGGACGCGGCACAAGUCGUCGAGCCUGUCUGUUCGCGGUGGCGAGAUGUCAGGCUUUGUGUAACAGGCAUGACAGGAAUUUGGCACUCGCUGCAGAGCCUUCCUAGUGUCCCUGUCUCCUGGCGGCGGAGAGGAUCCCAGGAACCCCCCCACGCAGUUCCUCACACGUCAGCGCUCGUGGCGCCGAGGUUCUGCCUGCCUUCCCUCCUUCCCCAAGGCCCCUGUCAAUCUGAAUUGCCCACUCCCAUCUAUCUGUGGUGGACAACCACAAGAAUCUGUCAAAUUGACUGUCAGCUGCCCAUCCCCAAGACUACAAUCCAUAGAAGGGUUGUAGGGCUGCCAGUUUAUCUAAGAUGUCUUUGUGUCAAAUGAUACAAUAAUGCCCUGACGCUGAACUUUUUUACAGCUUGAGGCCACAUCUCGCUCUCCCAGCAAAGGGAUGUCCAGCUAACGCGACUCCCUGCCAUAUAUCUACCGAACUCUUCAUAAGCCCAUGUUUCCCGAAGCUCUUAGACACGUCACUGCCAAGAUCGCCCACUGAGGCAAGAGAUAUCGUCAAUCCAUCCAGCAAAUUUUCAUCCUAAAUUAGAAAACGGCACCUGAGUAUUACCACACAAUCACAUUUGUCAUUUUCAAACAAAACUCCUUGUUUGGGGCUGAAAAUACCUAAUCAAGCCGAGAUUUUGAUUAGGAAGGUGAUGUUUGACUAAUCAAAGGCUUAGUUGUUUGCAAAUGCACGAUGGAAGUGUUUGGCUUCUUAGUCAUUGAUUUAGCCCAAUUCUGUGCUAAUUGGAGUAUCAUUAAAUCCUGUGUGCUAUAAAUGUUCAGGUCACUUGAUCUGAUAUGCCAUUAGAUUUAUACAUUUUAAGGUUUCAUUAAUUUCUUUUAUUUUUAACGUCCUGUCACAUUUUCAAGCACUAUUAAUCAGAUGUCUGCUGCAACAUGGUGCGUUUACUAUUUUGUAAAUACUAAAACAUUAUUUGAAAGGAAAAAAAACAGCGGUUUUUAUACCAAAAAAACUGAAUGUGCUUUUAUUACAUAACAUAGUUGAACAUUUCUAUGUAAAAAAAUUACACAAAAAAAGAAGUGUCUUUGUUAUGACUUGGGGAAAAUCCUUUAUUAGGUUUGGUAUCGUGAGUUGUAUGGAAUAUGUGCGACUUUUGAAAAAUGCAUCGGAUAUUUUUCCAUGUGUUUUUGGACAUAUCUGGAUUUGAUAGCUAAGCGUGGUUGAAUGCACGGGUGACUUGAUCCCCUUGAUACAGUAUACUUCACUUUCCUUAUCUGCAUGUAGUGACAGGAGAAUCGUGCAUGCAAAAUCAAAAAGAAAAAAAAAAUUAAAGUUAUCGCAUGAAAUACAGUGAGGAGGCCUGGUCUUAUGGCAUGAAAUUAAUGUAUCACAUCAACUCAGAAGCUCAUCAUAGCAUUUUAUCCUGAUCUCUGUGUUUGCUUAGUCUUGAUUUGAUUUUGCUCUCUUUUAUUGUUGAAAGGCAGGCUUAAGCACACUUUGCGCCUGUAUCUGCUUCCCGUUGCUUUUCUUCCUGCCCCUGCUCCUCUUCAUCCUGCACUCGUGCCAAUCCCCUAACGGGCAGGACCUUUAAGAGCAGUCUUGCACUAAACGUAGGCAACCGAAGCGACUGCUCCACGGAGCUCCGUCGCCCGGGUGAAUGUCGGAACCUCGCUCGCCUCCUCGUUGAGCGCCCCCAGAUUUCCUAGCAACGCAGCGGCAUAAUGACGGCCCCCACCGUGCCGUGUGAUGUCAGCGCUCAGCGCUGCCCGGGCCCUGCGUCAUGCGCACGCCAGUCCCCUCACCCCCCCACAUUUGCCACGUUCGUGGCGACACCACCUCUCCUGAAAUCAUUUUAUUUAGAGUGACCGAUGGAAUGAAUCCCCCUCCCCAACACCUACAAACCCAAAUUAUAGUACAUCUGCCUCCCCUCCCCCCCAUAAGACCUCAGUGCCUGUGAAGCUGAACCCUUCACGUAAAAACCCUCGCCCCCCCCCCCCCCCCCCCCCCCCCGAUUGGCCCUGUCUGUUCAGCCAAAAUCUCUGAGGGGUGUUUUGGUCACAUGCUCCCCUGUUUGACCCUCUUAUAGUGAGCUGAAUGACUGGAUCUGUCCUUUUUAGGUGUAUAUUUUUUAAUGAAUAAAUACUUUCUAGAUUUAAAAAAAGUAAGAACAGUUGGUUCUGGUUAUUAACUUUCAGAUUCAUGGGUUUGUUUUAGCCUAAACAGCUAUGUUUGUAUGAUCUAAUCCUUUUCUCUGGAGGAUUUCCUAUUGAGAGUAAAGAAUUUUAAAAAAAAUGUACUGAUCUGCAUCUUACUGGUUUGUCUGUGCUCACCUACAGGAUUGACCAUGUGCAGAUUGCCUUACUGCAUCCUGUCUAAUCACCCGUUUACAUUAGUGAUACGCAUGAAGCAUUUAGCUCGUGUACAUACAGGUUUUUGUUCAUAGACUACAAAGAAGAUAAUAUGAUGUAUUUGGCUUGGGUGUGUCUUAGUUGUUAAACCUCAAGCAAAUCAGAAAUACAUGCAGCGUAAUCAGUGAUGUCAUAUGUAUCCACUGUAUUAUACCGGAAAUAAAGAAUUAAGUCAGGUCCUACUCUAAAUGUCAUUUACCUCUGUGUAUCAAGGUUGUGUUAUCAAGAAAUGGUCUUUACUUUUUUCUCGUCUUUAAUUUUUGUGAAAUCACGUUAUCUGUUUAAGGUAAUAAGAAGAGCGCUGUUUCUGUCCACAUGUAGCCCUCCGGCCUGGUCUCCGGUCCUGUCCUCCAUGGGGGGUUUAUCAUUUUCACCAGGAAUGAGACAGGUUUGCUUUUCUUUCAUGUAUAGAGGCACAACCCUCACCAUGCUUUGCUGAACCAAUCAGGCGUCAUCUAAAUACCAUGUCUGCCAUGUUGGUCAUAUAAUUAUGGGCGCCAUCCUGAGAAUCUAAUUGUUUUCACAAAUGUUAUCCAUGACUUAAAAAUUACAUAGAUUAAAUAUAUUACUACUUUGUACUAUUUUUAUGUUUGUUAAAGGUGCAGGCGAAGACAUUAUAAUUCUCCAUUUGUCUUCAGAUUUGUUUAAUUCAGCUUGCUUGAGGAUAGAAUGUUGUGGUCAGGGUGCAUUGCAGCCUGCAGAUCUGCCAGUUCCCCCAGUGUAUUUUAAGGCACGUGGGCAUAAACUGGGGUGGCUGGGAUGGAUCUACCUCUCCACUCCACACCCCCCCCACCCCCCGCCAACUAUCCUCAGUCACAUAGAGACCCUUCACUCCCCCCAACCCCGCUAGACCACCCCGAGGGGAAGCAGUCACCACCCUACAGGCGUCCGUUUCUUUGCAAACGCGACAGAGCCUUGGCACCACCGGCAGCAGGGAAUUGUGGGAGAGUGUCCCUCACCAUGAACUGUUACCGGGGAGAAUAUCUUACGGAUCCCCAGUUCUCUUGGGAGACGGAGUUCUUGAAUUUUUCAGUGAAGAAAAACGCAGGUUUGCAGUGCAUGUUGCCCAACUAAUGCCACCGACAGAUACUAAAUCACGUUAUCUCAAUCCUCCACGUAUUAUCGUUCUACUUAUUAAUAUUAAAGUUAUUAUUACCAUUUACUUCUGUUUUGUCCUUCGUCUUGCAUGUUAUGCUGUUUCCUGUUAACUGUAGUAUGAAGGAUACUGUUUACAAAUAAAGGUAUGACGUCUAAAUCUUCAGUAAA